AUGAAGACAGUUUCUUGGUUGAACAAGAGCAGAAAGCAAAAUCUUGUGCUCUGCUGCAAUCAAUUUUCACUUCUUUUUCUUCUUCUUCUUGCAGAAGUAAUACAUAUUCCAGAGCGUGUUGAGGCUGUUGGUGCACCUGUUAAGUUUCUUCCAGGAUUCCAAGGGCCACUUCCUUUUGAACUUGAAACUGGGUACAUAGGAGUGGGUGAUUCAGAUGAUGUUCAACUAUUCUACUACUUCAUUAAGUCUGAGUCUAAUCCAAAAUCAGACCCUCUUAUUUUAUGGCUAACUGGAGGCCCUGGCUGCUCUGCUUUAUCUGGCCUUUUCUUUGAGAUAGGUCCAAUAACAUUUGAGCCUGUCGAGUACGGUGACUUUAAGCCAGCGGAAUAUAAUGGUAGCUUCCCCUCACUGGUCUUGAAUCCCCAUACAUGGACAAAGAUUGCAAGCUUUAUAUUCUUAGAUCUUCCAGUUGGUACUGGAUUUUCCUAUGCAAGAACUUCAGAGGCUCGUCAAUCAGAUGAUCUACAAGCUAGUGAUCAUGCAUAUCAAUUUCUACGCAAGUGGUUCAAUGAUCACCCAGAAUUCUUAAGAAAUUCAUUUUAUGUGGCUGGGGACUCCUAUUCGGGAAUAAGUAUACCAAUCAUUUCUCAACUCAUAGCAAAUGGAAAUGAGAAGGGACUUGAGCCAUUUAUUGAUCUUAAGGGAUAUUUACUGGGAAAUCCGGCUACAUUUCAUGGUGAAUACAAUUACAGGAUCUCAUAUGCUCAUGGAGUGGGACUUAUUUCUGAUGAACUUUUUGAGUCCUUGAAGAGAAACUGUGAAGGAGAGUAUUUCGAUAUACAUCCUAGCAACACAAAAUGUUGGAAUGAUAGGCAGACUUAUGAUCAGAUGCUUGGUGGAAUUACCAAUGCGCACAUUUUGGAGCCCAAGUGUGAGUUUGCUUCACCAAGGCCACAAAAAUGGAUAGGCCAAAGAAGGUCUCUUGAUGAAAUGCUAUAUCUUGGACGACUGAGAUGUCGAUUUGACUGGGAAAAGAUCUCUUACCAUUGGGCUGAUGAUGACAAAGUUAGAGAGGCACUCCAUGUUCGAAGAGGCAGUAUUGGUAAAUGGAAGCGAUGUGCUGGGGAUGAUUUGCCUUACCAAAAGAUAAUAGGAAACAGCAUUCCAUAUCAUGCAAAUCUCAGUGUCAAAGGUUAUAGGUCCUUAAUAUACAGUGGAGAUCAUGACACGAUGAUCCCUUACACAUCAACCGAAGCUUGGAUAAGAUCUCUUAACUACUCUAUUGUUGAUGAUUGGCGACCAUGGAUUGUUGAUGGUCAAGUUGCCGGGUAUACAAGGACAUAUUCAAAUAAAAUGACAUUUGCCACAGUGAAGGGAGGAGGACAUACAGCUCCAGAGUACAAGCCUGUUGAAUGUCUAGCCAUGCUGAGGAGAUGUUUUUUUCAGCAAAUGCUAAAGUUUGCUCAACAACUGUUGAAGUUUUUUCAGCAGCUGCUCAAGUUUGCUGAAGUUGCUGCAACAACUACAAUAAUUGUUGUAGCAAAAGUACUUCAUUUUCCAGAGUGUGUUGAGGCUGCAGGUUCACCUGUUAAGUUUCUUCCAGGAUUCCAAGGGCCACUUCCUUUUGAACUUGAAACUGGGUACAUAGGAGUGGGUGAUUCAGAUGAUGUGCAACUAUUCUACUACUUCAUUAAGUCUGAGUCUAAUCCAAAAUCAGACCCUCUUAUUUUAUGGCUAACUGGAGGCCCUGGCUGCUCUGCUUUAUCUGGCCUUCUCUUUGAGAUAGGUCCAAUAACAUUUGAGCCUGUCGAGUACGGUGCUUUUAAGCCAGCAGAAUAUAAUGGUAGCUUCCCCUCGCUGGUCUUGAAUCCCCAUACAUGGACAAAGAUUGCAAGCUUUAUAUUCUUAGAUCUUCCAGUUGGUACUGGUUUUUCCUAUGCAAGAACUUCAGCGGCUCGCCAAUCAGAUGAUCUACAAGCUAGUGAUCAUGCAUAUCAAUUUCUUCAGAAGUGGUUCAAUGAUCACCCAAAAUUCUUAAGAAAUCCGUUUUAUGUGGCUGGGGACUCCUAUUCUGGAAUAUCCAUACCAAUCAUUUCUCAACUCAUAGCAAAUGGAAAUGAAAAGGGACUUGAGCCUUUUAUUAAUCUUAAGGGAUAUUUUCUGGGAAAUCCAUCGACAUUUCAAGGUGAAUUCAACUACAGGAUCCCAUAUGCUCAUGGAAUGGGACUUAUUUCUGAUGAACUUUUUGAGUCCUUGAAGAGAAAUUGUAAAGGAGAGUAUUUUGAUAUACAUCUUAGCAACACACAAUGUUUGAAUGAUCGUCAGACUUAUGAUCAGAUGGUAGAAGGACUUGAACCUGGGCAAAUUUUGGAGCCCAACUGUGAGUUUGGUUCACUGAGGCCACAAAAAUGGUUUGGCGAAAGAAGGUCUCUAGAUGAGAUGCUAUAUGCUGGACGACUAAGAUGUCGAUUUGACUGGGAAAAGCUCUCCUACCAUUGGGCUGAUGAUGACAGAGUCAGAGAGGCCCUCCAUGUUCGAACAGGUAGUAUUGGAAAAUGGAAGCGAUGCGCUGAGGAUGAUUUGCCUUUCGAAAAGAUAGUACAUAGCAGCAUUCCAUAUCAUGCAAAUCUCAGUGUCAAAGGUUAUAGGUCCUUAAUAUACAGUGGUGAUCAUGACAUGAUGAUCCCUUAUAUAUCAACCAAAGAUUGGAUAAGAUCUCUUAACUACUCUAUUGUUGAUGAUUGGCGACCAUGGAUUGUUGAUAGUCAAGUUGCAGGGUAAGUU